GUCACCUUUACUGGGCCACUUGGGGGCUCGGGGGGAGGUACUUCCGCCCUAAGGACGGCGACUGGGCGGGCCUUCCGGCGUUGGCCUCCGGCGACAUCUUGUAGCCUUGGUUCCGUUGCGGUCGGAAGCUUUGGAUUACUGGGUGGGCCUGAGGUAACGGGAAAACAGACGCGCUGUGCCGGCUGCUCUGAGAAUCAACAUAGCUGUCGCCGGGGCUAAAGACUGCGGUGCCACGCUCCUCCCCGCAGCUGCCGUGGCGAUUCCAAUUCAGGUUCUGCUUUCAGCAGAAGCACUUAUGGACCCUGCACCGGUGAGUGUCAGGUGUCCUGGAACUCUUUUGCUGCCACUCUUCUUCCUGUCCUUGGUGUCUAGAGACUCUAAAUAAGCCCGUAAGCCCAGGUCAGAGGUUAUAUGGAGAGAGAUUUCCCCUUUUGGCAAGCAACAGGGUGAGGUGUGAAAGGUUAUCUUAGGUAUCAGUAUGUACAAAGCCUUGGGCUUCGAGGUCAGACUGAGAUGAGAGUGUUUAGGGGAACAUUCUAGGUCUCAUAGGUCUCUGUUAUGUUUGUUGAGAACAGAGGGUGAGGAGCUGAGUCAGGGUUCUGUUCUGACAGUGAUGGUAGCAGCCACAGAAUUCUGACACAGAGGAGAAAACCAAAGCUGGCUCAGGUCUUCAGAAGCUGCCCUUGGUGAUAGAGUACACCACAGACUGGGGGAGAGGGAGACGAGAUCAUUAACGGGGGUAGUACAGUGGUCUAGGUCAGUAUUGGUAGCUGGGCUAAAGUGGUAAAUGUGGAGGUGGGAGAAAUAUUUGGCUUCUGGAUUUGCCUUUUCAGAUUUUUUGUUUUUAAUUUUGUAUAAGCAGGAGGGGAAGAAGCAGGCUCCCCUGCUGAGCAGGGAGCCCAGUCUCAGGACCCUGAGAUCAUGACCUGAGCUGAAGGCCAACACUUAACUAAGCCACCUAGGUGCCUCUGGAUUUGUUCAUUUGAGAGAGAGCACACAAGAGGAGGGAUCAAAGGGAGCAAUCCUGGGACUCCUGGAUCAUGACCUGAAGGCAGUUGCCUAACCAGCUGAGUCAGCCACGUGCCCCUGGAUUCAUUUUUAAAAGUAGGGCUGACCAGGUCACAGUGACUCUGGUUUUUGUAGGAAUACCUUUUGGUGAGAAUAUCAAGGAAUUAGGUUUUGGCCAUGUUGAGUCUCCCACAUACAGGUGGCAAAUGGGCAGCUGGUCAUGCAGUUCUCAAGACAUCCACACUGUGGAAUCUGGUAUGUAUCAAGAUAGAACUCUGGAUCUGAUAUAGGAGGAGGCAUGUUCAGGUUAUAGUGGUGCUGCUACUGGACAAGGGAGGAGAGGUGUGGAGGGUGGAUGGCACAAAGAUGGACAAGACAGAAGAGCAGAAUCAGCAGCAAUGUAGAGGGAUGUGUGGGGAGGGGAAAGUCCAACAGGAAGCCAGAUUUUCGUGGGAGUGAACACAAAAAGCAGCAAUAAUGGAUGUGAGUUGGUAAAGUCAGACUGUUACUUAUCACCCUUCUGUGCACUCACACCCAACCAGGCUUUUGUGAUGGUUCUGUCAGGUCAUAAGAUUAACUUACAAAAGUGUGUUCCUGGGAGAGAGAUUAUAGCUGGUGAAGUGGCAAAGAGACAUAAAAUGUACAACAUAGAGGCACAGUAUGACCAAGGGUAUUUAGAUCUGCAUGUGGUCUAAGCCAGGAACCAGGUCAGGUGGAGAAGAAGCUCCUUCUGCACAGGACCAGAGGCUAUUUAUUAUCACACUUGGCAGCAAGCACUUCCUAGACGCCACACACAGACAAAAGUCAGUCUUAUGGGCUAAGUAGUGGUGGGGAUCAGAUGUAUGAUGGAGGUAUGGUCCCAUGGGUAGGAGUUUGAGAGAAGGCUAGGCCCAACACAAUCCUAGGGACUCUCAGAUAUCUUGCAGGAAAGGGAUGGGGGUCCUGCAUCUCAGGCCCAGAGUUCAGAAGGCUCCGAUCUGACCACUUGCCCGUUUGUUGAAACUGGGUACCACUGCUUAAGCCGGAGAGCUAGGGAAGAUAAUAAGCAGGGAAGGGAGUGAAUGUGAGCUGGGUUUGGGGUAGGUAUGGGGUCCUGCAGAGAGAGGCUGCUUAUGGACAUAACUGUCCCCAUCAUCACAGGGUGGUGUGACUUUUGAGGAUGUGGCUGUGUACUUUUCCCAGGAGGAAUGGAGACUACUUAACGAGGCUCAGAGACACCUGUACCGUGAUGUGAUGCUGGAGGUCUUUGCAAUUGUCACAUCACUGGGCUUACAUCUUCUCAAUUCCAUGUUGUCCAGCUGGAGCUGGGAGAUGGACAUGACUCCAAAAGGGGAGGAUGUGAUAUAUAGCUGGGACUCCUAUCAGGAACUUGUCAUGUUCCCAGGCUCAACACUGUUUGGUGCCAAGGUCAGAGGCUCCUCCCCUUUCUUGACAUUGCCCUGGAGAAGAGACCUAGGAGUAUAUCUCUCCCCUGUCUUCUACCCUUCAUUGGGGUCUUCACUCAUCAUUGCUCCUUCUGCUGUGCUCUCCAGCCUUGGCCUACACUUAAUGUGUCAUGCAGUCUGGAUGUGGCCAUACCCUUAAAAUAGUAGCCCAGACACAUUUCCAAAGAAGUGCAUUGUGGACCCAGCCCCUCCUCCCCCUGGUAUACCCCAUCUGUGUAUCUUCUGCAUGGUGAGUCCUCCCUGUUCUGUGACACAGCCCUGUCCUUCACACUACCCCCCCCCAACCAAGCUCCUUUUUGUCCUGAUCCCUUGGUGUUACCCCCUCAAAUGUCAGACACCUUUGUGGUGGGGUCAUCCUCCUCCUCCAGAGCUCCUCACCGUUCUCUGCUUUCAGGCUGUAGGCAUGGAGCAGAGGAUGAGGCAGCACCUUCUGAGCAGAGCAUUUCUGUAGGAAGGUCACAGAUAAAUUCUACCCAGAAGGCCUAUGCACAGGAGUGUGGCAUGGACUCAGAGGGCGAUUUGUAUCCAGCUGAGAACGUGGGAACAAACCCUGGCCGGAAACUCUGUGGGACACAGGGCAAAGUGCACCAGCAUCAGAAGCAGCACAAUGGAGAGAAACCCCUCAGCAGGAACAUGAGGAGCUGUGUAACCCACACAUCAAGAAAGCCCCUCCCUGCUAGCUCAGGCUUCCUCCAGCACCAGCUCAUUCACAGCCAGGGGAUACCACCUAAGGACAGCAGCAACUGUGCAGAACAGCCUUUUCACAAUGGACAAAAGCACUACAAGUGUAGAGAAUGUGGGAAAGGCUUCUGUCGCAAAUACAGACUUACUCAGCAUCAGAGAGUCCACACUGGAGAAAGGCCUUAUGAGUGCAGUGAGUGUGGGAAAACCUUCAGCUACAAACACAUACUUGUUCAGCACCGGAGAGUCCAUACUGGAGAAAGGCCUUACGAGUGCAGAGAAUGUGGUAAAGCCUUCAGUAACAAACCCACACUUGUUCGGCACCAGCGAAUUCACACUGGAGAAAGACCUUAUGAAUGCAGCCACUGUGGGAAAUUCUUUAGCCAGAGCUCCAGCCUUAGUGAACAUCAGAGAAUUCAUACUGGGGCACGGCCUUAUAAAUGUAGUGAGUGUGGGAAAUUCUUCACCUCCAACUCCAACCUAAUUAAACACCGGAGAGUACACACAGGAACAAGGCCUUACGAGUGCAGUGAGUGUGGGAAAUUCUUUAACCAAAGCCCCAGCCUCAUCAAACACCAGAGAAUUCAUACUGGUGAAAAGCCUUAUGAAUGUAGUGAAUGUGGGAAACCCUUUAGCCAAAGCUCCACUCUUAUCAAGCACCAGAGAGUUCACAGUGGAGUAAGGCCUUAUAAGUGCAAUGAGUGUGGAAAGCUUUUUAGCCAAAGCUUUGGCCUCACUCAACACCAGAGCGUUCAUAGCGGAGAAAACCCCUGUGAGUGCAAUGAAUGUGGAGAAUUCUUUAGCCAGAGCACACACCUUACUUGGCACCAGAAAGCUCACACCCCAGAAAAGCCUGAGGAGUGCAGCAACUGUGGCAAAGUCUUCGGCCAAAGGUCUACUCUGAUUGACCACCAGAAACUUCAGAGCCCAGCUAGACCGUACAAGUGCACUGAAUGUGGGAAAGCCUUCAGCAGGCGGUCUAACCUCAUUCGACAUCAGAAAGUUCACAGUGGAGGUGAAGAUAGCAGGGACUGAACCAGAUGAACCAGGUGAUUAAAAGCAACAUAUUAGAGAAGCCUAACACCAACACCAUGUGUCUGAACCUGCAGGGCAUUAGGGCCACAUUUGUCACUGCAAGUUUCUUUCUGGUAUCCCAACUUGGUAUGCAUCAGUGGGGAUAGAUCAUAUCAUGGCACAGAAUAGGAAUCACUGUAGUUUAAGACCUCAUUAUUACGUUGUGGCCCCAAAGCCUCCUAGGAGACUGUACAGGGCAGUGCUUUUUGUGUGACUAAUCUUGUAAUCCAGAUGUCAGGGUUUUCUGUGUGUCUAGAGGUCUCCCUGAGAAGACAGUGGGAAGAAGCAUGCAUCUUUUCAAUUUCACAUUGCAGGCCCCAUGUUUGGAAGCCUAGUGUCCCUGACUCCAGGCUUCAAGGUAGGAACCACAAUGAGUACAAAACCAGUGAAAUAGGCAGUGAGGAAACCUAGGCAAAACUUGGGGCGGUGAUGCCUACACCCACUUUCCAGGCAUCAUGGCUGGUUUACAGUAAGGUUCUUGCAGAAAUUAUGAGGCCCUUCAGAGCUAACUGCUCCUGUGGCCAAAGUUCCCUUACUCUCACCAAAGAAGGGUGUGGCGGAGUUGAAAACAGAACUAGAAGUCCAGACCUCUGAGGGCAGUAGGUAUGUGAUUUUUAUGGCUCACCGCUUCCUUGGAGCUGUGCAGGUGGACUCCUGUGGUAUUGCUUCCCAGCUAGUUCACAGCAGCACUAUCAAACCCAGGGUUCCCCAAAUUCCUACUUUUCCCCAAGAGAAGUGCAGAUUUUUAUGUGAAACCGUUUCUACAUGGCAUGCCAUAAAAAAGCAACAGCAGCUACACUAGUAAAUUUUAACCAUAAGUAUUUUCAUCUUCUAGUGUGUCUGGUCUGAAUUCCCAGGCAAAUGCUAUCAUAUGGGGAUCUUAAUGUGGGUGGUACUCUUAAAGUUGCCUUAUCAGCUUCGAGUAGUGGGACUUUUUAACUGAAGAACUGAUAACACUGUUAUUUGUUCAUCCGUUCACCUCACAAAUAGGUUUUCUGGCUUGUGUUGUGGGCUGUCAUAGGUAAGCUUAGUGGGAAUGCACAAAUCCUCUCAAAGUGUGUUUUGAUAUACCUGUACCUCUCUCCCUUGCAUAAAUAUUUGCCAAUUGCACUUGCUCUGAGUGCUGAUAAGGACAAGAAAAGUGUUGGAGAACUUUGCUAGUGCAAUAAAAAAAUAAACCACAAUAAAUUCAUUUGUGCUGUUGACAAUGUGAUGACCACAUACUUUAAAGGUUAGCUUUCUCCCUGUUAAACUGAGGACUAAUCCAACACUUGUUUCUAAAUCUUUCCCGAUUUCCAGUUGCAAACAUAAAAAUUGCCCACCAAAAUGUGCCAUAAAAUGGUCUAUAUUUUCAGCAACUAUUGCACAAACAGCAAAUAUUUAAAAUUACU